UGGAAUGAUCAUUUAUACUGUAGAUGACUUUGACAAACUGUUUUUUGACAUGUGAACAAAGCGGAAGCCAAACCACACAAAAAAAGAGGAUGUAGCCUGUGCUUCAACCUUGUCUCUAGAAGGCGGAAACAGUAUCCAUUUUGAAGGUCCCAUUUCAAUAUGGCAUGUGUAGUUAUCGCUCUUCUUACAAUCUUACCAGUGGUGAUGGGAGGUACCACUGGUUACCUGGGAGAUUCUGUCACCUUGUCUUCUGGAGCCAACUCAUCCUGGAACUUGAGCAAGAUAGAGUGGUCUAUAUUCAGCAACAACACCUGGAUUGCAACGUACAGGAAAGAACCACACACUCUCAAAACAGACCGUUUCUGGCAGUUUCAGGAUCGUCUAAGACUCAACAUCUCCUCCGGGGACUUAGAGAUAAGAGAUGUGAGGAUAGGGGAUGCCCUGGUUUACUCGGUUCUCCUUCAAGACAUUAAGGGAGAGCAGCAUAAUGUACCUGUCCAGCUCACUGUGACAGAGCGUCCCAACGUCCGUAAGGUCUUCAACAUGUUGAAGGACAGCCAUUGUGUGAUGGCUCUUCAGUGCUCCUCUUCGGUGAAGGACACCCACCUCUCCUGGGAACCAGAGGCUGCGUUUGAGGAUGCCUUCUGGAGGAGGAAUCCCAGCACCAACGUCUCUGUCGUCUGGACGUCUUACAGCCCCAACAGAAAUGCCACCUUCAACUGUACUGCCAGCAAUGGGCUCUCUAAAGCCUUUCGGGUUGUGACGGAGAGAUGCCAAGAGCCCGACGUGGUGGGAGAGACCCGCAUCCCUGGAAUAGGUUUUGUAAUGUUGCUCUUAGGAAUUGUGUUUGGAUGUGUUUUAACAUAUAUUUAUUUUAGAGGAAAAAUGUUCCCCGUACCAAUUUUGUAAACUUUGUUUUCAUGUGCAUGAUGACUUGCUUAAAAUUGAUGUUCAAAAAAAAAUCUGCCGCAGCUGAUUUGCUUGAUCCUUUCUUGCUGCAGCUUUCUGCUCCCCUGAUUGCGGAGUAAAUGACACAGGUUUUUUCAACUGCCAAUUAUCUUGGGUGCCCGUGUUCUCCCUCUCCACAAAGGUGGUGACCCCUCUGACCUAAACAAUGAUCACCCUAUCUCGAAAGGGUCUUGCCAAGCAAAAAUGUUAGAAUCAUCAAUCAACUGUCAGCUACGAUCCUUCCAAGCUACGAGAUGCAUUCCGAGCUACGAGAUGCAUUCCGAGCUACGAGAUGCAUUCCGAGCUACGAGAUGCAUUCCGAGCUACGAGAUGCAUUCCGAGCUACGAGAUGCAUUCCGAGCUACGAGAUGCAUUCCGAGCUACGAGAUGCAUUCCGAGCUACGAGAUGCAUUCCGAGCUACGAGAUGCAUUCCGAGCUACGAGAUGCAUUCCGAGCUACGAGAUGCAUUCCGAGCUACGAGAUGCAUUCCGAGCUACGAGAUGCAUUCCGAGCUACGAGAUGCAUUCCGAGCUACGAGAUGCAUUCCGAGCUACGAGAUGCAUUCCGAGCUACGAGAUGCAUUCCGAGCUACGAGAUGCAUUCCGAGCUACGAGAUGCAUUCCGAGCUACGAGAUGCAUUCCGAGCUACGAGAUGCAUUCCGAGCUACGAGAUGCAUUCCGAGCUACGAGAUGCAAGUGUUCACCAGUCUGGCCGGGUCAUAGCACCAUCUCAGCUGCAACCUUGGUGUUGAAGGAAUACUUCGGGAUUUUGGCAAUGAGGCCCUUUAUCUACUCCCCCAGAGUCAAUUUUAGGUCCUGUACUUUUUACUGUCUGUAUAAACAAUGUUGGUUUAUUAGCUUUUUUUUUUAACAUACACCUGUAUGCAGAUGACACUGUUGUGUAGUAUGCUAUUGCCCCAACGGUUGACCAGGCUCUUUUGGAGUUUCAAUUUGUCCUUCAUUGCUUUGUAGAAAGCCUUUGCAAACAUCCUUUCUGAAUUUAACAUUAAUCCAAGAAGUAAUCAUUUUGUUUUUCAAAAGUAUCUGUAACCUGAUUACACUAUUUUUGGUGGAAACGAUAUGGUUUCAGUUACUGUUUUUUUUUUGUAAUCAGAUUACAUGCAACUGAUUACACGUAAUCAGUUACUCCCCAACCCUGGUAUCAUAAUCACGCGUAAUUACGGGCGAUAGAUUCAAUAUGCGUCACUGCAUUCUGUAUCAGAAAGUAGGCUGGCCCUCUUUGAAGUUUUGUAGAUCGAUGCAUUGCACUCUUUUUGCUUAUAAAUACCUCCUGUAUAAACUUCCGCCAUACUUACUGUACUUCAUUGUUAACUUACAGAUGUACGAGAUACCAGACCCGGUCUCGGGGAUGGCUAACUCUGGAGAUCCCUUCGAUCUCCAAUGAGUUAGGUAAAUCUGAGUUUAGUUAUCUUGAACUUUACUUGUGGAAAGAUCUCCAAGGCUCUCUAAAGUUGGAUAAAUUGGGGCCUCUAGGGCAAUUCAAAAGGCUGAUUUAGGACCUUUUUACUGAAGAAUGUAUUUGUUUUCUAUGACAGUGUUUAGCUUUUUGUAUAUUGAUGUGUGCACUAUGUAUAUUGAUGUGCUUAUGAACUGUAUAUUGAUGUGUAUACAGGGUUCAUCUUUAAAAUAGAUUUUGGUCUUAGCAUGACUCCCUGUUCAAAUAAAUCUGAAUAUUAUUUAUAUUUUUUGGUAAUCAACAAUUUUAAAGGUAUUAGGAUUGCUGCUAUUCCAAUAUAGUCUUGCUUACACCAGCCUCUCUACUAAAUAUAUUUAUAACUAACCCAAGAUAGUUAAUCUGUGCCAUUUACAGUGGGAGCAAAUUAAGCAUAGUGGGCAGAAAAAGCAAGAAGGUGAGCAAAGCACGAGCUAGCGAGAUCCUACUGGCUCGUUGUCGCAUGUACAGUGCAUUCAGGAAGUAUUCAGACCCCUUAACUUUUUCGACAUUUUGUUACGUUACAGCCUUGUUCUACAAUCCUCAUCAAUCGAAACACAAUACCCGAAAUGACAAAGAAAAAACAGGUUUGUGGAAAUUUUGGAAAAUGUAUUCAAAAUAAAAACUGAAAUAUA